AUGGAUAAGAAAAGACCUGUGGCUGACUUGGACAAUGUCCCGAACAAGCGACGUUUCAGAGUGGAUGCACUGGACCUCUUUGUGAGUGGGGACGUCUCCGGCAUGAGAGCUCAGAGACUCUUCCACCAUGCAGCCCUUGCAGGCUCUGCACAUGUGCAGGAUCUGGCGAAGCCGGAGGGAUGCAAAAACUCCCACCGCGACCUUUUGCGAAAGGCCCUCAAGAGUAGCCUCUGGCCAAAGCCUUACGAAACAGAAGUCCUGGGAUGGGAUGUAAAGUCUGGAACAGAGAAGACCAUGAGGUUGGCAUAUUACUUGCCCCACGAGAUGGUGCAUGCCAUGCUGCAAGUCAGCGAGUCCUCGGACAUAGUGGCGCUGCAAGAAGAGACUCUGCCAAGCAGACAGGACUUGUUAGAGCACUUGAGGGGUUUCGAGACCCAAUUUGGUCUCAGGGAUGUGGUGGCUCUGGGCCUUUGGAUGGAUGGCGUCCCAUUCAACCACGACAGGUCGCAGAGUCUGGAAUGCAUCAGCAUGAACUUCCCAAGCCUCCCGAAAGAGUAUCAGCAGCGACUGACCCCAGAGCAGUUUCUUCAGAGGCAGCGAGACGAAGGCCAUGAACCUAGUGUUCUCUUCUCGUCGCCGGGCUUCAAGAGCACGUGCUGCAAGUGGGAUUGGUUGCAUGCAGUGGAUCUGGGGAUAAGUCAGGACUUCCUCGGAGCCUGCUUCAAGCAUGUGGCCGAGACCUACAUGCCAGGAGCCAGCUUCAACGGGCAGUGCAAUGAACUGUUCAAGCAGAUGCAGACCUUCUACAAGCGGGUAGAAGCGGAAGAUCGACUGAACACCCUCACUCCCGGCAUGCUACAAAAAGACAAGAAGGCUAAGAAAAGAAGCUGGCCCAAGCUUCGUGCCAAGGCAGGGGAGACCAGAGCCUUGGUUCCUUUUUGCAGGGAGCUCGUGGAGAAGUACUGUGUCACCGACUCCGACAUGGAGGUGACCAUGCGACGUGCUGCGAGGGUUCUGGAAAGCUGCUACGACUGUCUUCAUGACAGUGUCUGGAAAAGAGAGGCUCUGGAAGCCCGAGCUCGCAGGUUUGCAGUUCUCUUCGUCAAGCUAACCUCGCUGCCGGAGCAGAAGCUUUUCCGGGCCAAGCCAAAGCUUCAUGCCUUUCUUGAAAUUGCUGCCUCGCCUGCGAACCCACGAAGAACGUGGUCGUACCGGGACGAAUCGUUUGGGCACACAUUGUCGAAGCAUGCUGUUCGCAGGGGCGGGGAGUUCAGCAUGCUCGGAGUUUCAAGGGCAAUGUUGCAGAAGUUUGCAGCAAGCAAUCCAAAACCACCACUUUUGCGAGCCAGCUCAGUCAAAAAAAGGCUUCAGACCGUGCUUUAUUAG